CCAAUCGAUUUAUUCCUCACUAAGCCCAUAGUUUGAAAACCAUGGAGGUUAGGAUAUUUUUGAAGAGAAACAUCAUCUCUACCAACAAGGCGAAAAGAAAAGAACAAAAAAAAAAAAAAAGCGGCGGAUUUCCCGAAGCUGCCAAUAUCGACUUCCUUCUUUUGAAAUACCGAAAACAACCAAUUUACCUUCUCAAACAAUUGUAAGGUUUCUGUAUCAUCCCAACAUUCUUGCAGAGUUGGUUGUGGAGAUCAGCAAAUUCACACAUUUCACUUGUAUACGCACUGAACUGACAGAGAGUUGUCACGCCAGGGAUGGUUGAUUGAUGCUCAAUUUCUCCAAAUCUGAUUCAAGAAUUGGAGAUAACUGUAACUUUAGCUGAUUUCUCAAAACACCCUUUUAUCGGCUUUUGGUGUUCUAUAAUCCUGAACAUGGACAUAUCGUUUCCGCUGGAUCAGCAACGGAGCAGCUGUAGGUAUGCUGCUUUCUUGACAGACCCACAUGUUCUGCAGGAAAGGCUCCCCCUUUCCGGGAAUUGCUCCUUUUUCAGCAAGAAAAGGUAUAGAAACGUGUUUUCUCAGAUCAAAGGUUCUCUUUCUGAACAUGGGUUUAUAAAGCCAAGACCCAUGUUGAAACCUUCCAAGAGGGAGGGAAAUUUAAGUGAAGAAACCAUUUCAAAAGUAACCCAAAUUGGGGAUUCAGGUUCAGGUUCAGGGAUUAGUGCUCAAAUGGAAAAGCUAGUUUUUCAUAAAAGGUAUCACGAGGUGCUUGAUUUUUUUGACCUGUUACAAUGUGCAGGUGAUUGUCAGUUAGAUAGUAGCACGUAUGAUGCUUUGAUAACUGCCUGUAUUGGGUUAAGGUCGAUUAGAGGGGUUAAGCGGGUGCAUAAUCAUAUGGUUAGUUCUGGAUUGGUAUUAGACCAGUAUUUAUGGAACAGGGUUUUGUCUAUGCAUGUCAAAUGUAGGAUGAUGUUAGAUGCACGUAGCAUAUUUGAUGAUAUGCCCGAGAGGAACUUGAUUUCUUGGAAUACAAUGGUUGGAGGGCUAGUGGAUUUGGGGGAUUAUUUGGAGGCGUUUAGGUUGUUUUUCAUGAUGUGGGAAGAGAAUUCUGCUGCUGAUCCUCGGAUAUUUGCGACGAUGAUUCGAGCAUCUUCUGGAUUAGAGGUUAUUUCUUUGGGACAGCAAUUGCAUUGUAGUGCUUUGAAAAUGGGGGAAGGCGAUAAUUGUUUUAUAUCUUGUUCUUUAAUUGAUAUGUACAGCAAGUGCGGUAGCAUAGAAGAUGCUCAGUUUGUGUUUGAUAAUAUGCCAGAGAAGACCACAGUAGGGUGGAAUACGAUUAUUGCCGGUUACGCUCUCCAUGGCUAUAGUGAGGAGGCUUUAUGUAUGUACUAUGAGAUGCGAGAUGCUGGUGUCAAAAUGGAUCACUUCACAUUUUCAAUCAUUAUCAGAGUUUGCACGAGAUUAGCCUCGCUGGAGCAUGCUAAACAAGCUCAUGCUGGGCUAGUUCGACAUGGAUUUGGAUUAGAUAUAGUUGCCAAUACAGCACUAGUGGAUUUGUAUAUGAAAUGGGGGAGGAUAGAAGAUGCUCGUAACAUUUUUGAGGGGAUGCCCCAAAAGAAUGUUAUUUCUUGGAAUGCCUUAAUUGGUGGAUAUGGUAAUCAUGGCCGAGGGAUUGAGGCUAUUAAACUCUUUGAGCGAAUGGUUCACGAAGGAAUGAUGCCCAAUCAUGUUACUUUUUUGGCUGUUUUAUCUGCAUGUCGCUAUUCAGGUUUAUCAGAAUAUGGGUGGGAAAUAUUUGAAUCAAUGGAUAGAGAUUACAAGGUGAAGCCUCGAGCAAUGCACUAUGCAUGUAUGAUUGAAUUACUGGGUAGAGAAGGGCUUUUAGAUGAAGCUUUUGCAUUAAUCAGAGAUUCUCCUUUUAGGCCUACUAUAAAUAUGUGGGCGGCCUUACUGACAGCCUGUAGAGUCCACAAGAAUUUUGAGCUAGGAAAAUUUGCAGCUGAGAAACUUUACGGGAUGGAACCAGAAAAACUCAGCAAUUACGUGAUGCUUUUGAAUAUCUGUAACAGCUCAGGCAAGCAAGAUGAAGCUGCUGCAGUUGUUCAAACAUUGAAGAGAAAAGGACUCAGAAUAAAGCCUGCAUGCACAUGGAUAGAAAUAAAGAAGCAACCACAUGUUUUCCUGUCUGGAGAUAAGUGCCAUGUGCAGACCAAGGAGAUAUAUGAAAAAGUGGAUGAGCUUAUGCUGGAGAUCUCUACUAAGUAUGGCUAUGUUACAGGGGGGAAGACCUUACUACCCGACGUAGAUGAACAGGAACAAAAAUCGCCCCAUUAUCACAGUGAAAAGUUGGCAAUAUCUUUUGGGCUCAUAAUCACAUCAAGUUCAACCUCACUGCAACUUGUUCAGAGUCAUAGGAUUUGCAACGAUUGCCACAAUGCAAUUAAGUUGAUAGCCAUGAUUACUAAACGAGAAAUUGUUGUUAGGGAUGCCAGCAGGUUUCAUCGAUUCAAGAAUGGCACUUGCUCUUGUGGUGACUACUGGUGAUUGAGUUCUUACCUACAUGUGAUCCAUACUUCACAGCUGAGGGUGAACAUGAGACUGAUCAAGUGGCAACAGAAACUUAGGAAGCUCCAGCCUCCAAGGCAUAUUGGGAGAAAAGCUUGAUCUGUUGUCUGUCAUCCAGCAACCUGUGCGACUGACAUAAAUGAUUGCAAGAUGCACUACUUUAGCUCUGUAUUAUCUUAGUUAUUCACAUAUCUUAUGUUGCUGCAUCAUUUGCUUUGAAAAGAUACCCGUCAAGUUUGUUUCAGAUGGAAUGGCUAAGCAACAGACCAUGGUGGGGCAGGUGGGGCAGGUGGGCAGUAGAUACCUGUUGGAAUAACCGUUUGCUGAGUAUGCUCUAUACAUCAAUUUUCUCGACCUGGGGUGUCCUAUCAGUUUCAUCCAUCUUUUUGUGUCAGAGAGCCAUGUUAACUGUGAAUUGAGGUCAUCAAGUUACUUGUAGUCAUCUUCCUCAUUCGUUAUCAAAUUCUUUGAUGCCCAAAUAUGUAGAUUGCAUGAGGAAUUGAUACGGGCCAUCUCAAAAAGCCUUUUUUUCUCUUGGCUACUGUUAGUCUUUAUACUAAAAUUGCUUUAGCUCAAAUGUUCAAAUGCCAGGUUUAACUUUAUUGAAUCACGUUGUAUUAAAUCCUGGUUCAGCCACUGAUUCCAUGGGAUUCUCUCUUUUACUCAAUGAGAUGUAUGAUUGCAUGCCUUCCCUACAUUCUUUCCU